CAAUUUUAACUGUUUUUGCUUUUCUUGUUGUUGGCUUUAGCUACACACUACAGAGCGAGGAGAGAGAGAAAAAAAAUGGCGUCGCCGGCAGUGAUCCGGUGUUACGCAUUCACAUUCGCUCUCUCAGUUUUCCUUCUCAUCACUCCCUCCAUUUCAAUCUACUGUGAUGAGGACGAUUGCUAUGAUCUGCUUGGGGUUUCUCAAAAUGCGAACACUUCGGAAAUUAAGAAAUCUUACUACAAGCUCUCCUUGAAAUACCAUCCUGACAAGAAUCCGGACCCUGAAUCAAAGAAAUUGUUUGUAAAGGUUGCAAAUGCUUACGAGAUUUUGAAGGAUGAUGAAACACGUGCACAGUAUGAUUAUGCAAUAGAGCAUCCAGAGGAGGUCUUUUAUAAUACAGCAAGAUACUACAAAGCUUACUAUGGUCACAAGACAGAUCCUCGUGCUGUACUAGUUGGUCUUCUUCUUAUUCUCUCUGGAUUUCAAUAUGUGAACCAGUGGACAAGGUACAAUCAGGCUUUAGAGAUGGUCAAGAAGACGCCGGCUUACAAAAAUAAACUGCGCGCUUUGGAGCUUGAACGCUCAGGAGGAGUAUCUAAUAAGAAAAAGAAUAACAAGAUGGAUAAGAAAGUGCACGAAGAUUUGAGCAAAGAGCUUGAUUUACAGAUUAAUGGAGCUGAAAAGCCAUCCGUAUGGGGCCUAAUUGGUGUUCGCCUUGUCCUUUUACCUUACACUCUCAGCAAGCUUCUUCUGUGGCAUGGGUGUUGGUUUUGGAGAUACAAAGUUAAGAAAGCUCCAUAUUCUUGGGAAGAUGCCUCAUAUCUCACAAAGCAGUCACUUGGUGCACCCGCUGAUGCCUGGAGAAAUACUGAUGAUGCGACCAAGGAUGAUCUUGUCCAGAGACAACUGUGGGUGAAAUCCAACAUGGAGAGCUACGUAUCGGAGAUGCGGAGAGAAUCAAAGCGUCGAAGAUGAGCUGAGUUUAUUCAGCUGCAAUUUUUGUUCCAGAAUAAGCUGAGAUGACAUCUUUUUUAUUUAGUGAUGCAAGUCAUUCCCAGUGGAAGGGGCAGGAAAAGGUUGUCGAAGUGAAGUUCUUUUACAGUUGUAACUUGUAACUUGAGUGUAGAUCUAAAGCGCAUGUAUUCACUUUUCUUUUUUAUAUACGAAGUACAAUUGUUCCGUUGAGGGACGCAGAACAACACCUAGGACACAAGCUUAUAAGUUAUACACUUAGGUUUUCAAUUUUGAUUCAGGCAAUGAGAACACAAGAUGCUACAUUUUAUUAAAGACACGGCGAUGAAUAUACUUUACU